AGGGGAUUGCGAGGGGUCACGAGAGACCAAGCCAGAAGAAGGGGCGACGGGAGAGAAAGAGAAAGAGAGAGAGAGAGAGCAGCCACGUGCUAUGGGAACGGGAAUAGCUCUCUCUCCUCUCGGCGGGUUUCUCAGUUCGAAACGGGCCAUCAACGAUGCCUACACACCAUGGCCACACCAUCAUGACUGCGGCGGAGCGCGGUCGCUCGUCGCCAUGAGGCGUCGUCGUACCGUCGACGACGCUCAGCAGCAAAAUGGUUUUUCGCUCGAAUUUUUCGUCGUGUUUUUCCUUCAUUUUCGAAGAUAGCUCCAGCGUGCGGGAAAAUCGAUGGUGGAUCCGUUUGAUUAUGCACGGUGCAGCGGAGUGUCGCUUUUCUUUGGGCAUCGUAAAGGAUCAAUAGUGAUUGCCCUCGUGCAAGUGUUACAGGAAGAGGAGGUGCGAUUUCGCCGGUACAGAUUUUACGGAAUACAUUUAAGUCCAAGAUAAACGCAAGAAGUCGGACCGAUUAGAUUCUUCUUCGAUCGUCUUUUUCUCUCAAUCGAUCGGACAAUUAAUUAGAGGAAGGAGAAAGAAUUAAUUUGUGGAUCUGUGAUGUAAAAAUUUGAAAUUUGCCGUGAUUUGAAACGAAUAAUUCUUUAAAGUAAAUUAAAUAUCGAAUUAAUCCUAUUACGAUUACGACGAAUAAGUCAGUAAUUAAUUGAGGGGCAGCCAAAAGUCAGCAAUUAACUCGAUAACUAGCCUAUAAAGUUGAUCGAAUUCGCCAUUGAAAAGUCGAGAAUAUUUCAAUGAUCCCCUUUCCAAGAGAGUCGAUCCCGUAAGGAUGUCGCGAUCGUAGAUAUAACGUGCUCGUCUCGUGAAUAGCGAGACGCUAAGUCGGACGAUCGAGCGAGCCUGAUCGAUUCGCGAUGAGAGUACCCAUUGGCACGCUACGUCGAGUUAUUACGGACUUUAGAAGAUCCUCGUUAUCUCUCGUGAGUGCAAUUUCGAAGUACUUGUUACAAACACUCAUUCAGUUAUAUGUCGCGGCAGAGAAGAUCCUGAGCUGGAGAUAUUUUUCCGCGAGAGAGCACAAAGUCAAUUGAUCAUGAGAACGUAUGAUUCUUUGGAUUUCUCGCGCAACGAAUUGCCGAGAAGAGAUCACAAUAGCGAGGAUUCCUAGAAUUGGAGAUAAGACAAAAUUGAUGAAAUAUGCAUGAGUUUUGAGGGGAGGGGAGGGGGUGAAUUAAUCAACCUCUAACGAGAAAAGAGUUCGUCGUGCGUUUUCAGUUUCUCAGUUUGGGACAAUCUUCGUUUGUGUGUCAAAAUCAACCAAGUAACAUGCGGAAUUUCAAGUUUCUAAGGAGACACUUUUAUUUAAUAGAUGCAUCAUAAUCUCUAUGACCGCAGACUGUAAAAGAGGCAACGAUUUAAUUGCUAGAGUAGAAAAUUUCUCUUAUCUAAACAAAACAAAUAUCAUUGUUCGAUCGUCAACAGGAUUGAGACGGAAUCGAGAAGAAUCAGCUCGAAAUAUUUCUCAUAAAAAAGGUCUGCCACCUUUUUUACGAGAUAAUUAUAGAGGGACUAUCAUCUCAUUAUACAGGGAAGAUAAUAACGAUCGUAAGAGGGAGGAGACGAGCCGGAUCGAUCAUUAUGUCGGUUUUUCGAGAGGAUAUAAUAAUCGAGAUAACUAACAAAUGAACGUUAUUAUAAAUCUUCCCCCACUCUUCAGUCAUUAAAAUAACCGAUCGAUAUGUACUAGAUGUAUUUACUUUCUCAUAUUUUGAAGAAAAAAAGAAAUAAAGUGAAAUAAUUAAAGCUACGGAGAGAGACGAGUAUUAUCGAGAUAUGCAUUAUUUGGAAUAUUUCGAUUUCUCUCUCAAGAAGACUAUUAAUAUAUUAAUCGUUCGAUUAAAAUGGAUUUUUGUUACUUUCAUUAAAAAGGAGAUGAACGAAAACAUAAUAAUCCAAAGUGAAAUGUGAGUCUUGUUAACCAUGCUCGACAAUCAGAAGAAGAAUCGUCUGCAAGAUAUUUGAGGAAAGAGAAAGAGAGAAAGAAAAGAAAACGAAAGGACAUAAUGGGAAACAGCGGAAGCAGCGGGAGUGGCAGCAGCAGUAGAAAGGCACGAAGCUUGCCGAAUUCACCGGAAGCUCACAGACUGCCGUCGCCUUACAACAAGCAAUCGUCAGGAGUUGGCGUUGGCGUUGGAGGUGGACCAGGGGGUGGCACGAGCAUACCCCUGCCCGCGACCGUCUGCGCUACCAGAAGAUGCCCUCCGGACAAAGUCAGACCGGCUCCGGCACCGACGCAUCAGUCGCAACUCGGUGGUCUGAAACACGGAAAUGGUGGCGUGGGCAGCGCAAGCAGCUCCAGAAGCACGAGCCCCAGUCAGCAGCAGCCGCAGUCUCAGCAGAGCGGUCUCUCCUUCAUUCCACAACCCAGGAGCCAAAAUUCGUCGAACCGACAACCGGCAGCUACCACGCCGAGCCCUCGAGCGUCCACGGUAGGCCGACCCAACGGCAACGGCAACAGCUCGAGAGCCCAACAACAGGCCUCGCCUUAUAUCGGCGCGAACACUGCGCCGACGGUGCAACCCAACAAAAAUUCCGUUCUGGAUAAGUUCAAGCUCUUCAAUAACAAGGAGAAGAACCAGGAGCGUGGCAAGGCCUCGUCGGGAGUUUCGAAGCGCACAUCGAGCUCGUCCGGCUUCUCGUCAGCGCGGUCAGAACACUCGGACAGCUCGACCUCGUUGUGCGAUCAGAGCAAGAGUCAACAGCAAGCUUGUCAAGAGUCGCCGAAAAGUCGUGCGCUCAAGUCGAAACUGCAGUCGGCUGCCAAGUCGGCGAAGCAAGCUAGCCCGAAGACAGGCAGGAAGGAGCAGAGCAAGGCCCAGAGCAAGAUCGCGCGCACCAAAGCGCCGCCGAGUUGUACGGACAAGGUAACGACGGCAGCUUAUCCCGUUUCGCAGGAGCAAAUGGAUGGAAAGACUCCCGGCAAGGUGAGCGGUAGUAAAUUACCGAGCGACAGAAAGACUCCGAAUCUUCAGGAAUUGGUGAAGCAGCCACCGAUGGCGCAGCCACUAUCUCAGAAGAUAAAUCCUUCCGUCUUGACGCCGCCUAGACCGAUGAAUGCUCAGGACACGAGAUGCGCUGGCGCAAAGAACGAGCCACCGACAACGAAACUGUCGUCAAGACCCAAAAUGGAACUUCCAGGAAAGAUGACGGAUCUCAAGAUUCAGCCGCAAAACAUCAAACCACCUCCAAACGGCUUCAACAAGGACCUGAUGGUGCACAGGGCUAUCCUGGCGAAUACCAACGGCAUCGUCAAGCCGUCCGAUCCGAACGAGAUAGUGACCCGUGAGAACGACACCUUGGAUCACACCCUGAGUAUGAAUCAGGCGAAUCUGUCGAGCGGCAAGGACCUAGCGAUCAAGCGGAAGGAGUCACUGGAGGCGGAGCAUGAGCAGCGAACCGUCUCCCCGGACGAAUACAUCGGCCCCUGUACACCGGCCAAGAUUCGAGAACCGAGCCGAGACGGAAUGAUGAUUCGCGAGGAAGAGAUAGCGAUCGGUGACGCUCCCGGUGAGAAGAAGAAAGUUGCCCUGCCCGAUCAUACAGAUCUGCUACUGCUCGACGAAAAAUCGGAAAAUGCCGACGAAAGGGCUAUCAGUCCUCGCGGCAACCCUACGCCGCAAAGCAGUGUGAGCUUUGGGCUCGGCAAGCCGCUCCAGGGUCCGAAUGCGUGUUCGAGCGGUCCCGGGCUCAGUCCGGGUUCCAGCAUUCCCAAACCUACCGCCCUGGUGAAGGGCACGUCGAAACCGCCAAAGGAGAGUUGCAUGGCCGGCGUGCCGACGCCGACCAAGCCGAAAGCAAGCGAUGCUCUUCAUCGCAAACUCGACCCGAAUACGGUGGCGAUGGUGUCGCCGAUGCCGAGUAUCUCAGACUUGAUGUCCGAGAGUUCGCACAGCAAUUCCAACAGCACCGGUCAGAGCAACUCCAGCGACAGCAGCGUAAUUUACAGGCCUAGUAGCGAGAGCGGCAGCGAGAUCAAGACGAUACCCAAUCGGAAGAUCGACACCACGUUCGAGCGAAUGGAGAAGGUCCUGUCGGAAAGCUCGACUUGUGGCGGAUCUUUGGCGGAUGACGAGGCCGAGAUGACGGUGAAGCCUAUGCAACCUCUUCUGCGCGGCUACACACCCGGAGCUCGAGGUUUGCAGACUCUACCGAGUCGCACCACAGCUAGGCAGUACACCGUCCUGCACACGUCGUCACAUCACCACGUCGUCGGCCAUCACGAUUAUGCCGAUGUGGACGUUGCUUCUGGCUACUUGAGCGACGGUGAGAUGUUGCGUGGAAGCGGCAUGAAUGUCGGCAACAGGACGCUGUCGGAUCUGUGCGACGGAUAUAUGUCCGAGGGCGGCGCGUCUUUGUACGCGCGCAGGAUCAAUCCUUCCUACAGCCACGAGCACGAUAGGUACGUGGGCGGCUCGCGGCGAGAGCUGUCGGGGGUGAAGGAACUGGUGACCUCGAGGCGGGCGCAGAAGAGGCCGUCGGUCGCGAGGUCGGAUGGCGGUGGCGGCUGCAUCGGGGGUGUCGGGGGCGUCAGUCCUGGAAGCGGCGGCGGCGUCGGCGGCGGCGUCGUCGUCGCCGGUAGUCUUCUAGGCGGCUGUAGCGGCGGGAACGACGCUUUGGCGGAACUCACGAUCGAGGAGCUGGCCUCCAUUCCCGCCGGAAAUCACACCUCCGCCAAUCACACGGGACAUCCCUCUCAUCACAAGAGGGUGCCGGGUGGAGGAGGUGUAAUCGUGGGGGGUGGCGGAGGAUCGGCCACCCCCCAAGGGGCGCAGCAAGGUAACCAUAACCUCGUUUAUCGUGUGGUGAGCUCACGACAUCCGGGUCAUCAUCCCCACGUGAAGAAGUCCGACAGUUCUCAGCAAACUGAGAGCUCGGCCUUCAAACACCAACAGCAACAGCAGCAGCAGCAGCAACAACAACAACAACAACAAGGCUCGAACGGCUGUAGUUCCAAUAGUCAGCAAUGGAAAAAAUAUAUCGAGGCCGGCGCCGCGAGGGAUCGGGAGAGAGACAAGGAGGGCGCACCCCCCAGCCCUAGUCCCUCCAGAAGAUCACAGGAUAAACACCGGAAACAGGCCAUGGCCGAAUAUGCAAACGGCGAGAAACCGCAGAAAGUUUCAUCGGGCACGUCGACCACUAGCAGUAGUAAGGUUCGCGGGGUACCGCAGAGUUUUGGCUACGUGAAAAGACACAGCGCCGGCACCACUCCGAGUCCCAAUGGGGUUCAGAAUGGCGGCAAGGAUGCGACCAGGACGGCCCAAGUCAGCGCGGUGCCGAGGACCAAGGUCAAAGUAUCCGGCGGUACCCAGACGUGCACCACAGAGUUGCAGGCAAACUCGUCGGCAUCCAGUCAAGGUCACCACUAUAAGAGCUACAGUCUCACGGGUCCUAGUGCCAGCCAGCUCUCGCAGUCGGUGCGCGAUCGUCUCAUGCUAGGCUCCCAGAGUCUACCCAAACCCGGCAGUCCGGAAUUUACCGCUCUCUUCGCGGCUGCUCAUCAUCGCGAGCGAGGAGCUGGCGUUGGACCGACAAGCGCGUCCUUCUCACCUCGAGUGCUGAAACCGUCCGAUGGUAGUCUCAGUGACACGUGCAGCAAUUACGCCGCGCCUGAUCUGCAGGGCUACUACACGUCUAGCAGCCCUUAUACCACCUCGUGGAUGAGACACAGCAACACCUAUACGCCAAGCGGGCGAUCGCAAGGGAUGGGCUUGUGCGAAGCGGACAGCGUAGAGUCAUUGGGUUCGCAUCGCGCGAGUCUAACGCACGCUCGUCUCCUGAUGCAUCAAAGGGAUUCCACAGGUUCCCCGGCACCGCCUAGAUUGAACAGAAGCAACUCUAUCAGAUCCACCAAGAGCGAAAAGAUGUAUCCGUCGAUGCUCGCGCGAGGAAGCGGUGCCUCGUCAUCGGUGGGCGAGGAGGUCGGAAUUGGUAUGGGGGUCAGUGUAGAGCCGUAUUACAGCGUUCCCGUAGGAUCGACCGGCUGCACAGGCCAACACUGGUCCCAGCCGACGUCACCGACACCCACGCACACUUCGCGCCAACCACCGAACUUGUACCAGCAUGUACACAAGGACGACGACAUUCACGGCUCAUCGGUAUCGCUGGUGUCGACUGCGAGCAGCCUUUACAGCUCGGCUGAGGAGAAGCAGGCACACGAGUUGAGAAAAUUGCGGCGUGAGUUGCUGGAUGCUCAGGAGAAGGUGCACUCACUGACCAGCCAGCUCUCUACAAACGCACAUGUGGUCUCAGCUUUCGAGCAGUCAUUAUCCAAUAUGACCCAAAGACUACAACAGCUCACAGCUACAGCUGAGAAGAAGGAUUCCGAGCUUCAGGAGCUUCGCGAGACUAUCGAGAGGCUACGUAAACAGAGCGCUGAAGCCGGAUUAAACAAUGGUCCAGCCGCCAACAACGGUCGCCGUCACACCUUAGGCGAUUCCGAAUCCGGCACCACCGGCUGCACCGGCAGCAGCAGCAGCAGCAGCAACAAUCACCAUCAUCAUCAGGGUGCGUCGAUGGCUAGGCAAUUGUCCGCGGAUAGCGUAACAUCCUUAAACUCGUUGAGCAGCGCCUGCUCAGCGAGCAGCAGUCAUCACAAGAAGAAGGGUUGGUUACGCAGCUCCUUUUCCAAAGCGUUCUCUAGAUCGCGCAAGAAUCGUCACGGCUCGGUGUCGGACGCUGAAGACUGCAAGGAGAGUGCUGGUGGCGAUUUGAGCGCUCCAAACAGUCCUAGACUGCCGACUGCUUCAAAACACGAGUCGUCGAGGGGACGUGAGACCACACGGAGCAACGGUCAGAAGUCGCCGGAUCAUGAGAAUCCUCUGUCGGGUAGCAAGAGUAGCUCAGCUCUCUAUAAGAAAGAAGACGAGGAUGUGGACGAGCUAAAGAAACAACUGAGGGAAAAGGAUCUAGUGCUCACGGACAUUAGACUCGAGGCGCUCUCCUCGGCGCAUCAAUUGGAAUCCUUGAAGGACACAGUCAUCAAGAUGAGGAACGAAAUGUUGAACUUGAAGCAAAAUAACGAACGUUUGCAACGGUUAGUGACAUCCAAGUCUCUCACCUCGUCGCAAUCUUCGCUACCUAGCGAUCCGGACCGACGCUUCAGCAUGACCGAGGUAGCGUCGAGUGUCGCGGCUCUGUCGAACGGCGACGCUAGUUCCACGGCCGAUCAAUUGGAGGACCUUAAUGUGCCGGAACACACUGUGGUGCCGACGAGCGCAACAUCCACGGAACCGAUCCUCGACCAGGACACUGACGGCAAGAGGAUCAAUGUAGCCGUCUAUCUCGGCAGUGAGAAGAACUUCAACUACAACCUAGUCACUGGCAGUUCCGCCGACGGUAGCCUGGGUGAACCUCCUCAUUGCGUGAUCGCGAAUGUGUGUAUCAGUAACAAGACCAGCUGGGACGCGCUGGACUCCACUGUGAGACGUUGCUUCAAAGAAUACGUCUCCAGAGUGGAUCCCGUGACGAACCUGGGCCUCGGUGUCGAAUGCGUCGCCGCGUAUCAUCUCGGUGAGGCUUCCAGAUGCACCACCGACUCUCAGCAUCCUGAGUUGUUACCCUGCGGAUACCUGAUCGGCCACGUGAAGACUAUCUACUUGGUGCUGUCGGGCUACUCUUGGCUCGCGGUAGACACUCUGAUACCACGUUCCAUUGUUCAACGACUCAUCUCUCUGCUGACUGAGCAUCGCAGAGUGAUUCUGUGCGGUCCGAGUGGCACCGGCAAGAGUUACCUGGCUGGAAAGCUGGCGCACGCACUGGUGGACACCGAUAACGAUACCAAAGACGCCGCCGCUGUCGCAACCUUCAAUGUGGAUCAUAAGUCCAGCAAGGAGUUACGUCAGUAUCUCGCCCACAUCGCCGAGAGAUGCGACUCAAAUACCGCCGACGAACUGCCGAGAGUCAUUAUUCUAGAGAAUCUCCAACACGCCGCGUCUCUCGGCGAGUUAUUCAGCGGACUCUUGGGAACUAGGCAUUCUUCGUGUCCUGCAAUCAUUGGUACUAUGAGCCAGGCUACUUGCAGCACUACCAAUUUACAGUUGCAUCAUAACUUUAGGUGGGUGUUAUGCGCUAACCACAUGGAGCCAGUUAAGGGAUUUUUGGGACGUUAUCUGAGAAGGAAAUUGCUGGAGCAUGAACUGCGAGAGUGUGCAGGGACGAGGAAUGCGGAAAUGGCGGCGGUGGUCGAGUGGCUGCCACGUGUGUGGCAACAUCUCAACAAGUUCCUAGAAACUCACAGCAGCUCAGACGUCACCAUAGGACCGCGGCUCUUCCUGUCCUGCCCAAUGGAAGUGGCCGGUUCGCAAGUAUGGUUCACCGAUCUGUGGAACUACUCGGUGAUACCGUACUUAGUGGAGACAGUCAGGGAAGGCUUGACGCUCUACGGAAGACGCGUUAGCAGCAAUGGAAAUGGCGAGUCCACUUGGGAAGACCCAGCGCAGUUUAUCACGUCCAGUUAUCCCUGGUUGUCCACGCACGCCGUGCACGGUGGUAGCGACGCUCUUCUACGUCUGAGACCCGAAGACGUAGGCUACGAUGUAGUCUCUAGUGGCCAUACUUCCGGCGUGGGAGCUUCCAGCGUCAAGAGUCUCGGAAGUACUCACAGCGAUACCGAAGGAGAUCCUCUGCUUAAUAUGCUGAUGAGGCUGCAGGAGGCAGCUAAUUACUCCAGUCCCCACAGCAACGACAGCGACUCUGUGACGUCCCUCGAUUCGUCGCAUACUCGCCACUCGGAGGAUUUAAGCAGUUCCACGUCUUCGUCGAGAGGAGUGGAAUCGGCACUCUGAAUCUUAUUGCCGAAGGGUCCAUUUAUCGCGUGUGUCGACCGCUCAAUAAUUAAAGAUACCAGAAAAAUAAGGAUCGAUAAGUCCCGCAAUUAUGCAAUCAUUCCGAUCGCCGAAUAAUCCAGAGCAGUGCUUAGAAAUAUUCGCAUUUUCGAGGCUUGUGUUUACUUCCCUCCCCUUACCUCUCCUGCUAAUCCGUCGAGCAUACGAUUGGCAGUUAGCCUCAGAAUCGUCGACUUUAUAAGACCUACUUGGGGACUUUCCCCAAGUUGUGAAAUCAGUCCUCUACGCGUGUUCUCUAUGGGUGUUAUAAUAUUUUUUGUUCUCUACGCGCUACCAAUACAUUUCUAUUAUAAUUACAACGAUAGAAUUUGGUUCCAAUAAGAACUUUUUAAAAGUUAAGAAAACUCCCUCAGAUUAAGUCCAUCAAGUUGACGGUCCUGAGGUUAAACGUCGCGCAACAGACAAUGGCGCGAAGCUCGACGAAUAAAUUGGAGAAACAAAGGAAAUAAAAAGUAAGCAUAGAUCUCGAAGACUAAAAUUCAAAAGUGCAAGUAACUCCGAGCACUGAUCUAGAGCAAGGAAAUUAAUUAACAAUAAAAAUUAAUCACAGACAAAAUAUCGAACAAAGUUAUCAGUGAAGCAUCUCUAAGAUUAAGAGCCGAAGAAGAAAGUUACGAAUAUCAUUAAACCGUAUUUUCGCAAACAAGAUGAGAUCUCGAUUAAACAUUAACGAGAUCACCUUAUUGCGACAGAUAUAAAGUUGCACGUUUAAAAUCUUUCUAAAGCGCAAUGAGUCUCCGAAAAAUUCCAAGGCGUUAGAUAUUUUAAAGCCGCGCGAUACGAAAUACAACUUCGUAAUAAUCUAAGAGGAGAAUUUAAGAUGCCUACGAGAGCUGGCCUAGAUUUAAAUUUCUAUGUGCGUCCAGCGCUUAAGUGUGAUAUGUAAUUAAGUGAACGAACGGCGAUGACAAAUGUACGACGAUUCUUCGCUUCACGGAAAAGAGACACGACGAGAGAAAUUGACAUUUUUUUUUAAGAAUUCUCCCAAAGACUAGACAUUACAUUCAGAUUUUCUGUGAAUUUUUCUUCUAACGCUUAAAUUAUUCUCUUAUUCGACUUCUUCUGUGUAAUAACAAUCAUUUCGGCGCUAAUAAGGGAAAUGUAAUUCCUUAAAGCGAAAAUUAAUUCUUUUUUCUUUAUACAGAGUAAUAUGUUCUAUCAAUUUCUUUUCGCUCGAUUACUUUUUCGCGAAGCAUACGCGCGAACGUAAUGCAAUAAUCUCCAUACUGCCGUUGCGGGGUUAUAUUUUGGAGGGACGUAUUUUUUAUUCGCGACGAGACAGCGCGUAAACGCAAUUGAAGAACAUCUCGUCGAUUUUGUCAUUCGAUGUAUACAGUAUUAUGGCGGAACGAUAAGAAAGAGCGGUUUCGAACCGAGGAAUCCUCAGAGAAUUGGGAUUCCUCUCUCGUCCGACUAUUUUUCAGAUAAACAUUAUCUAGACACAGACUUAUAAAGAUCUCAAGAACGAAUGACAGUCGCGAACCUUUGCUCGUAUUACAAAAAAGUGACAAAACGCAAAGAGCGAGCGAGUUGAAAGGAAUCGAUCAUAAGUCUGUGCAAAAAGAUAGUCUAUUUAUACAUACUUUGCUACAAAAGCUCUAUAUAUAUAUAUAUAUAUAUUUAAUUAAAAAUGUUAAUAUAAUAUAAUAUAUAAAUAGUAUAUACAUAUGUAUAUGUAUGUAUGCGUGUGUGUAUAUAUACGUACACACACAUCCAUACCUGAAUGAUGAUGGCGCUAAAUAUAUACAUAUGUAUACGUAUAUACAUAUGUAUGUAUACGUAUUACAAAAGAAAAUUUCUAGCUAAACUAAGAUAACGUCAAUAAUUCUGGUCAUGUAACGUUGUAAAUACGAGACACAAAGCAAGAUAGGCUACGCUAAGCGCGCAAGUUCAAUUUAUCGAGUCUCAAAAUUUGUGGUCCUCAAUGUCUCUUGCGAUAUCGUUUCCUUGCACUUUUCUAAACUUCAAAUCAAAUCUUAACUCGUUCCGUUAAUGUCCCGCGAUAGAUUUUGUAAUAAUGAUGAAUAGAUUUGGCGAUUCAGUUUUUAGUUUGACUGUAUAUAUGUGGAUAUAUAUAAUGAAUAUUUAUUUCUUAGAAACCACUAUCGCACAGUAUAAUCGCCUUUAUUAACAUCACGACAAUCGAUUCUAUUUUCUUUUUCAUUUCAUUCUCUAAAAUUUUCGUCGUGGAAUAUAUAUAUUCCAGAUGCAUACUUUUCUAAAAAUAAAACGAGCUUAAAUUUCUGAGUGUAAGAAAAAUGUGGAAUAUAUAGUCAGCACUUGGAAUAACGAUCGAACGAUUUAGGUCGCGGGAGAUAUAAGGCGGGGAUCACGAAAACUAUACAUAUUGUAUAUGAUCAAUGCCCUAUGUGAUUGCAACGACGGGCAUGUUAACGUAUAAUAUACACACAAGAUUAUACAGUCGCAUUUACAGGUUUUUUACGUUUGUACUGCAUUUAUACUAUAUGCUGUACUCCGGCGCCGCGCUCCAACUCUCUACUCAAGUAACGAUAAUUAAUUGUGUCAUCAAAUAAAUCGCAUUCAAAUCUG